CUUGGCGGCAUUUGCCUUUGAAUUUUAAAGUCCAUUUUUAACUAUUUGCCGAAACAAAUACGCCCUUGAAAACCUUUUCUCCCAGAUCCUCAAAUUCCCGCCACUACUAUUUACCACUUUUCAAAUUUCUAACUUUCUCUGCGCUGCUCUGAUUCUAUUCAGGAAAACUUUUAUCAUAUGGGAACUAAUAGAAAGAGAAGGAUAAAAGCGUUAGAACCACAUUCAGAAAUUAAUGUGCACGAAGGUUGUAAGGGAGUCGAUAAAUCUAGAAAGACAAGCGUUGAGCAGCAGCUUCAGGGAGCAACAGGAAAAACAGAAAAGGAUGAGCAUUCAUCACCUAGUGGUUCAGGUGAAGCACCAUCUUCAAGGUCUAAAACUACAAAAACCAGAAUUGUGGAAGGAAUUACAAUACCUGCACUUGACUUGAAUACAGAAGAAAGACUUCAUCCUUCCACUAAGAUUAAGUUGCAGCUCUUUCCGAUAGAUGAAAGCACUCGUCUAGGUUUAGAAAAGGAUGGCUUUCAUCCUUAUUUGGAACUGACUUUAAGUGCUAGAAAGAAGAUAUCCUCUGUACUUAAGCACCUUGGUAGCAAGUGGGGCAGUUCAAGCAUCGCUGUUGGGGAGCCCAUGCUUUUCCCAUAUGUAGCAGAAUGUCUGACCGGUUACAGAUGGACUAGAAAUGACAUUUGCAUCAGUGCCAGCGAUGUUUAUGCAGCAAUUGGGAGCCCAGCUGUGUUUCGUUUAAGGUAUGGAUGGAUGUCUGACUCUAAUCUUGAAACAAAAACCUUGGGACAGCCUUCUGUAUCAGCUCCCUUCAAAGCCUCCUCCAAACUUGAAGAUGUACAGAAAAGUUGCCAUACUUACAUGCAGAAUGCAUAUGUAAAUGGUGAAAAAGCUGAGGUAACUGGUGAAGAGUCUGGAAAACCAAUCAUUAUGAGUGGAGAAACAAAUGUAGCUGUUGCAGAGAAGGCGUCUAAUGGAGGAGUUGGUUCUAUGGAAAAUGAAGUGACAAUGGAUGGUAGCAUUGAACAAUCACUGGCAAUGUGGGCGGACAGUCUAACUAACAUUAGCAUAGGAGGUCUGCUGUCAGAAGCAUCAUUGCAGGGCAGGUUUGGGAAUUGUGAUAAAAAAUCAAAUGGGAUCUCGUCAGGCUUGCAAUCAUCUCAAUUAAUCUCUGAUUCCUUUGAUGCUUUCCUUUCUGGUCAAAUGAAUCCCUCCAGAAGUCUAAGGCCGCCACUUCAGGACUCACAUUCCUCAAUUUUAGAUGCUGAUGAUACAUGCCAUGCAUUUCCAUUUCAAAAAAUUUCUUCUUUAGGCAAAAAUCCUAUAGCUACCGGUGGAAGUGCUUAUUUUCAUGCAGGCAAUCAGGACACCAGUUCUAAGUCAUUCAAAAACCCCAAUCUGACAGAGGCCAAUAUUCGAUCACAAGGCCAGGCUUGUCAACAAUCAGACACAGACUUGAUACUUUGUUCGCGAGUAUAUAAUGAUGAAAGCAGUCUCGGGCUCUCAGGCAUUAAAUGGACAGAAUCUUUGGGACCCUUUGAUCUGGGCCUGUCUUCUUCCCGCAAAGUCAUAAAUGGAGACAAUACUAGCAUCAAUGGCAUUGUCAGGUAGUAGGUUCUCGAAGUUAUGAAUAUACACUACAUUGAGGGAAAAUAAAAGUAAAAACCUUGAUUGUAUUGCAUAAACAUUCUCAACUUGUCAGCUUUAUAAAUCGCUAUCUUGUAAAUUUGCUUUUGGUUCAGUAAUACUAUUGGAAAUGGGAAGCAAACAAUAUUAAUGAUAAACCUGAAAUGAAAGCGUGCUAAUUUAAGUUCA